UCUAAGACUUAACAUAUCUAACUCGCUUCGAAAUGGAGAACUUGACCAGAAUCUUCGGUGCUGUGGUACCAAAUCCUGUUGGUAUGGUUCGAAAAUCAUUAUCGCAAAAAAUUGGUCAGGUUGAAGAAGAGAUUCACAUUAAUAGGAACCGACUCAAGAAACUCCGUAUUAGACUUGGCAGCGAAUUGAAAAAAUCCCGCCCAGCGUCAGCCGUCCCUCUAAGUGUUGACAAGGAUCUCCAAAAACGGUCAGUUUUAGUUUACAAUAUCAACAGAGAUGCAAGCGGUUGCGAUUUGGUGAUGCAUUUUAAAUAUUGCGGAUGGAUUGAAAGUACCGUCAUGUUUGAAGAAGGCACAGAAUUUUGUGGAAUGGCGUGCAUUACCUUCAAGCAUGAAGUCAGUGCUUAUAUUGCAUUAAGUAUGAACAAGUCUCUAUUUCAAGGCGUCCAAAUCCGCGUUUUACCUUGGGGGUUGGAACAGGAUCUUCUGAUAAUCAGGGCAAUUGUUAAAGCAUGGGGAAAAUUAUUGGCCAUCCAAUUCCCAGCUGCGUCUCGAAUCAAAUACUGGCUGCGCAAGAUAAAUGGAUUAUGCAACUAUCAUCAUAAACUCUCGAAUUAUUAUCUUGAAUUAGAGAAGUUUCGUACGGAUUCAAACUCUGAAGAGGCUCGGUUACUAUUCCGGCGAUGUUUCGACGCGGUUCAUUUUGAUGAACCCCAAAUGGUCCCCGACUGUGAUGAAAAGUUGAUCGGUGUUCAAUUUCACAUUAUUAAUUGAUAUUAUUUUUGUUCAUAAUUUUAUGUCUGUUAACGUUCUAUCUACAUUUUCACCUCGCUUUCUGAUUAAAAAUGUAUUCCGAAAUCACUUAGCAUUCUGCAUUUCCUCAUCGUUGUUAAUGUAAGUACUGCCUUUUGCCAAUCGUUUCUUGUGUGAUUGGUGGUGUCAGUUGCCAGGACUCCCAACUCGCCAAUACUUUGAGUUCAUCAAAGUAAACAUAGCUUCAAUAGGCCCAUACGGUCAAAAAGCAGAUUUCCUCCUUGCACUCCUUGAGUUCAUAGAUUUUUGGUUCCUCAAGGCUAACAUACUUAUCUGAGGAUAAGUAUGUUUAUGCCCGUAUCUAUGGUAGGGCGGUAAUUUCUUUCAAGGACGCAUUCUGCAUUGAUAUGGACCGUGUUUCGGAGCCUAGGCCAUCUUUCAGAUUUUUCAGUUGGAUACGUUCUCAAAACGCAAUUUUCGCAGCAUGCACUCACUCCUCUAAGUUUCAUCUAAAAUAUUAUAAAAAAUAAAAUGAAUAAGUUUCGAAAUA